AUGGACGGUUUUGCGGAAGCAAAUCUCCUUCUUAAUUCAGCUCUUGAACAACUCGAUUCCCUUAUCAUAAACGGAGUUUCGUCUUCGUUAUUAGUGUCAUUGAAUGCUGGUCCAGUCGACUCUCCCUGGUCUCCUAAGAUAGUUGUGCUAAAGCAUCCUAACGUGAUUUCUUUGCAAGGAUUUAGUUGUUCCUCGACAACUUUGGUAUCAAUUUCUUUACGGCGAAGGGAUGAGAGACUUAUGUCUGAUGCCUCGUCAGAAGUAGAAUCACCUCUAUCGGAUGUUCCUACCACUUCGUCUUCUCCAUGCUAUAGUCCUAAACCUAAAGUUUACUGUGAUUUUCUUAAGGCGAUUGAAGAUAACUUGAUAACGGAACGACCGAGCCGUGAAACUCAAUUGAAGAUUAUGCAGUGGCUAACUGGUAACUGUGUGAGUGUUGUUUCAUAUCGUUUCUAUGUUCGCAGCCUUAAUCACAGUUUAUUUUGUGUUUCUUCCAUCAACAAAUUGGUGGUUUUUCUUUGCCGUCACUGUUUUCCCAGUGAUAGUAUAUUCUAG